UGAGGUGAGCGGUGAGGUGAGCGGUGAGGUCCAGUCUGUGACCACUUUGACCAAGACUGGGAAGCAACCAAGUCUCGUCACAGGGUGCACCUGCAGCCCCAAGCCAUGUCCUGCUACAGCCCGUGCCGGCCCUGCCAGCCCUGCGGCCCCACCCCGCUGGCCAACAGCUGCAAUGAGCCCUGUGUCAGGCAGUGCCAGGACUCCACCGUGGCCAUCCAGCCCUCGCCUGUCGUGGUGACCCUGCCCGGCCCCAUCCUCAGCUCCUUCCCACAGAACACUGCCGUGGGAUCCUCCACCUCUGCUGCUGUUGGCAACAUCCUCAGCACUCAGGGAGUGCCCAUCAGCUCUGGGGGCUUUGGCCUCUCGGGCUUGGGCAGUGGCCUCUGUGGCAUCAGGGGCCUCCCCUGCUAAAGCUGCUGGCCGUGGCCCUGGGGAAGGAACCCAGGCACUGCCAGCAUGGAACCGCCCUGGGGACGCAGCAGCGGCUUGUUGCUUCCUGAGGGGCUGAGCAAGCCCAGCAGCCCUUGCAGAAGGACAGGGCCAGCCUGGGCUCUUGGCAAGCACAGCCCAGCCCUGCCUCUGCCCUCUGCCACUCUUCAUUUCCCUCCUGUGUCCUUGUUCCCUUGUGCUCCCCUGGGCUGUGAGCCCCACACAGCCAUCCUGGGGAGGACCUGCUUGGAAAACUCACCUUGGAGAACAACUGUCUGUUGUUUGCCUCUCAUGCUCUCUGCAUUGGCAUGCCAGCUUGUAUUGACCUAAUUUUCCUGUUUUGACUCAUUAAAGUUCUUUUGCA